UUUGAAAGAAGAUCAGAAUUCAGAAGGUCGAAAGCUUAAGAGAAGGAAAGGGGAGAAUGGGGGUUUUCUGGGGGACUCGAGUAAUGGAACUAGUGAAGAAACACGAUUCAGGAGGUCUUGUUUGGAAGAGAAUCAAACUCACCACCACCCGUAAAGCCAACGCCAAGAAACGUAUUCUCCGUGUUUGGCAGAAUGAGGCUGUCCUGAGGGCAUGCUCAGAGCCACCACCUUCAAAGAUGAAUGCAGAAGGAGCUGGGGUUCAACAAGGCACAAAUAGCCAAGACUAGACAACAAUUUGUAAUUAGAUCAUUGAACAAGCCUGAAGAGUUUAAUUCUUGUUCUUUACCUUGCCAUAUGAUUAUUGUAUGUUAAACACUUUCACCUUUCUUUAGCAUAGACUUUUAAACGAUUGUUGAAAUCCAUAAAUUUUUGGUGAAAGUGACGAAGAUAUGGGUUGUUUUGCUCA